AGUUAAAUAGAUGCUUUGUGUGCAUGAUAUUGUGUUAAAAUCUCCAAAAAAUAAUCAAUAGUGGCUACUUUUUACUGGUUUGUAAUAAGAGUUAACCAUUACUGCCGUCAGCCAUGUCAUCUUUUAAGAAUGCUAUGAAAACUCAAAAAGUUCACAGAGAGAGACACCAAAAUGAAGCUCGAGCUCACCUUGGUCCUCUUGAAAAGAAGAAAGACUACAAAGUGCGAGCUGCAGAUCAGUCUGCAAAAAAGAAACUACUGAAGAAGCUGCACAAGAGGGCUUUAGAGAAGAAUCCUGAUGAGUUUUACUUCCACAUGAUCAACAGUCAAACUGAAAAUGGCUUACACAAAGAAAAAGUAAUCGUCAAGGAGUUGACCUGCAAGGAUGUCUUGGCUGACCUGACAUAUGUUAAAUUUAGAAGGAGUAUGGAGUGCAAGAAAAUUGACAAGUUGCGUGCAACUCUUCACUUCUUGGAGCCCAGCACCGAUGAGGAGCCGGACACCCAGAACACUCAUUUACUCUUCGUUGAUACUGAGGAAGAAGCUGGUCGCAGCGCCGCCGAACUCCUCAACACACAUCCUGACCUCAUGAGCCGCCGCUUCAACCGCCUCACACUCGACCAGCUCCAGCGCAUGCCGCAGGCCCAGACCUACCAGAAGACAGAUCUCAAGGCGGCGUCGUCAAGUAAGGCCAAGUCCUACAAGGAGCUCUGCAAGCGGCUGGAGCGCGACGCCAAACUCUGCCUCCUGCAACAGAAACUUGAGUCCAAACUCCAGCUGAUGAAAUACCAGCACUACAAGAGCAAAAGUAACUUCAAGUUACCAGAUCCAAAGUUGGAGAAGAAAGGCACAGAAACGUCUGCUCCUGUUUAUAAGUUUCCUUACAUUAGAAAAAAAUAGUGAAUUAUUCUACGUGUAUGACUACCUCAGUGAAUUUAUUGGUUUUUAUUUACAGCGCUACAUAAUAUGAAUAUGAUGGGUUUUGAAAACUAUG